GCGCCACCGGCGACCACACGUCGCCACGCCACCGCCCGCCCCAAGGACCCUUACCUUGUUCGGCCACGCGGGCCGUGCGCCGCUUUGCCUCCGCCAUUUCCGCAUUUAGAAGCUCCCCCCGCCGCAGCCCAGGUAGUUUCUUCUUCUUUAGCCGCCUGCCAAGAUAUUAUUAGUGGUGUGAUACAUAUUUAAGCAGCGGCAAGUGAGGCGGGGCGGGGAUGGCGGCGGGCGGCGGCGCGGCGGCGCCGUUCGUGUGGAAGACGUACAUGAUGGUGGAGGAUCCAGGGACGGACGGGGUCAUCGGCUGGGGCCGGGGGAACAACAGCUUCGUCGUCGCCGACCCCUUCGUCUUCUCGCAGACGCUGCUGCCCGCGCACUUCAAGCACAACAACUUCUCCAGCUUCGUGCGCCAGCUCAACACCUAUGGCUUCCGCAAGGUUGAUCCGGACCGGUGGGAGUUCGCGCACGCGUCGUUCCUGCGCGGCCAGACGCACCCCCUGCGCAACAUCGUCCGCCGCGGCAGCAGCGCCGCGGGAGGAGGCGGCGGCAAGAGGAAGGACGCCGGCUCCGCGGAGCCCUCCGCGGACGACAUGGCCAUGGUGGCCACGGAGGUGGUGCGCCUCAAGCAGGAGCAGCGCGCCAUCGACGACCGGGUGGCCUCCAUGUGGCGCCGCGUGCAGGAGACCGAGCGCCGGCCCAAGCAGAUGCUCGCCUUCCUCCUCAAGGUCGUCGGCGACCGCGACAGGCUGCACCGCCUCGUCGGCGACGCCGCCGCGCCGGACGCCCCCUCCGGCGAGGCGGCCGCCGCCGCGGAGGGCGGCGAGAAGCGGGCCAGGCUGCUGCUCGACGGCGACGGCGGCAUCGGGUCCUUCGGCCCUGACGCCGUCGACUUCGCCGGGUUCUACAGCGGCGGCGGCGCGCUCGGCGACGUCGCCGUGGAUGCCCCCGGCGGCGGCUCGUUCGCGUUCGGCGUCGACAAGGGGUACUGACUGUCACGCCGACAUGCGUGCGCCGCCGGUUGUGUCAGCCGCUUGGCGCCCCGUUUCGCGGCUGUGUUCUGCCCAUUUCUUGCCACCGCCGUGACUGUCACUUUGGAACGCCGGAGAGCGGCGGCGGCCGGCAAUGACUGGAGGGGCCUAGAAGUCAACCGAUGAUAACUAUUUCAACCAUGUUACAUGGAUGUCUAUUUGAAGCUUUUGGUGGAUCUGAUUCUAUGGGCUGGGGUGGCUCGAGUCGGUGUCGAGAUCAUCCGGUCUAAAUAAGGUACUACCGUGACGGGGUGUGACCGUGAAAGUUCCAUGAAAGGGUAGGUUUGAUGUUGUACAUGCAUGCUUAUUGUAGUGGCCAAGCCCACAGAGUGCAGCAGCACUAGAUAUUCCAAACUCUUGUAGAUUUGCCGUAUCCUAAGAUUGUUUGUGUGGCAAUUGUCUUAUUUCUCAAA